CCCAUUUAAUUACUACGUCAACCACAUACAGGAUGGAAAUCAUUUCAUCACACCAUGUGUGGGUGUGUGGGGGGGGCAGCAAGUGAAAUAAGUUAUAAAUGUGGUGAUCUGUAAGAAUUUUUUCCUAACACAGCACAUUGUCCAUUAGUGUGUCUGUGUCAUGGUGAACCACAGCAGCUCAAGUUUAAACUCCACCAGCUGGACUACAGCUAACCUGGUCAGCAGUGGUCUGAUGGGUCUCUGCUUCAUGGUUGGAGUCCCUGGUAAUAUUGCAGUAAUUCUUUUCAUAGUUCGGCAUUUCAAAAAGGACAAUUUCACCGUUCAUCUGAUGCUGAAUCUGGCAGCUGCGGACAUCUUGUGUUUGAUAACCCUGCCUGUGUGGAUCUACAACCAACUCUACAGCUGGAGUAUCAGUCAGUUGACCUGCAAGUUUUUCACAACACUCGUCUACUGUAGUGCAUACUCAAGUCUGAUAACAGUAACUAUGCUGAGUUUGUAUCGUUGUUUACAAAUUCGGCACCCACAGUUGUGGUCUAGAAUGAGCAAGAGAAGAGAGAGAGCACUGCUGAUCAGUGGUUGGGCUCUGGCACUGCUUUUCUCUUGUCCUGGUGUACUUACACAAGAUAUCAUUGAAGCUGAAUCCAAGAAAUCAUGUGGCAGGAUUUUGUAUUCAGAGGAGUAUAGGCUUACUGUUGCCAUACUGGAGAUGCUGCUGGCUUUUUUUCUUCCUUUCACAAUCAUGUUGACUUCAUAUUGUUGCCUACAUAAGAAGGUGACACAGGGAGCAUUCAGGCACAGGCAAAGAUUGACCAAACUGGUGACCCAGAUUGUGGUAACUUUCUUCAUUUUUUAUGCUCCACACCACAUUAUUAAUUUGUUUCAAAUUUUUGAAAUACUUCUCAAAUCAUCAUUACCAGUUUUUUCAGCUAAACUCCAUGAGAUCAGAAAUUCGACAGGUGACAUUGCGGGAAGUCUUACAUUCAUUAACAGCUGUGUGAACCCCUUCCUCUAUGCCGUGGCUUCAAAGACUUUACGUCAACAAAAAUGACCAGAUUCUCAGUCCAACUGAAGGAACAUGCUGUUUUUUAGAGGAGACAUUCUCAUCUGUGAACACAGCAGACACUUUUACCGCUUACAAACUGUAACGGAAAAGAAACUGGAUUCUGAGUGAAAAGCUGCAGUUAUAUUUGGCUGAUGGUUUGAUCCAAAGUGACUUUACAUUUCAUUCCAUUUUAUCAGUACAUUCCCUGGGAAUCAUACCCAUUACUUUGGUGUUGCUAGCACCAUGUUCUACUAUUUGAGGUACAGGAAGUUUAAAGGUGAAGUUGAGCAAUUACUGAAACAACUGUUAAAUAUUUUUACUGUUUUUAGGUCAUUUAAAAACAAUUUAUUAACUUACUAUGAUUGCACAACAAUAAUCUUUGAAUUAUUGAUCUUUAUAGAACAAAGAAAUCAAUGUCUUAAUGUCUCACCCUUAUGUUGUUCCAAACUUUUAUGAUAGAAAAGAUAUUCUGAAGAACACUGACGUCCAAACAACAUAUAGACCUUUUUGAGUGUGUGUGUUGUGUUGUGAGUAACUUAUAUAACUGUGACUGUGUUUGAUGUGUCUGAUUAUAUAACCAAAAUAAACUAAAAUGAAUACAAAUCAGAACAAAAAGA